AUGGCGCAGCAAACCUUCGGCGUUCCUCUAGCCAACGUCCGAAACGUCACCAUCGUCGCCCAUGUCGACCACGGCAAGACCUCCUUCUGCGACUCCCUCCUCUCCUCCAACAACAUCAUCUCUCAGCGUCUCGCCGGGAAGCUCCGAUUCCUCGAUUCUCGCGAGGAUGAGCAGGAACGAGGGAUCACGAUGGAGAGCAGUGCGGUGUCGCUGCGCUUCGACAUGAUGCGAGCGGCGGCUCCAUCUGAGGAGGCAAAUGGCGGAGAGGCAGGACCCAGUACCAAGGCGAUGGCGAGCAAGCACGUCUGCAACGUUAUCGAUACGCCUGGACACGUUGAUUUCGCGAGCGAGGUCUCGAGCGCCAGUCGGCUUUGCGAUGGAGCGCUGGUGCUGGUCGAUGCUGUCGAGGGUGUGUGUACUCAGACAAUUGCUGUCCUUCGUCAAGCCUGGAUCGACCGCCUACGCCCCCUUCUCGUCAUCAACAAGCUCGACCGGCUUAUCACUGAGCUCAAGCUCUCCCCUUCCGAGGCAUAUCACCAUCUCUCACAGCUCAUCGAGCAAGUCAAUGCAGUCAUGGGCUCCUUCUACGCCUCGGAGCGGAUGGAAGACGAUCUCCGAUGGCGGGAAGAACGAGAGCGGCGGCUGGCUCAGCGGGCCGAGGCGCAAGCGGACGGAGAAGGUGGAGCGGGCGCGGACGUCGAGGAAGGUGAGUACGAAGAGAAAGAGGAUGAGGAUCUCUACUUUGCGCCCGACCGCGGAAACGUACUCUUCGCUAGCGCCAUCGACGGUUGGGCGUUCCGGCUCGGCAAAUUUGCCAGGCUGUAUGCGGACAAGCUGGGAAUCAAAGAGGCGAAUCUGCGGAGAGUGCUGUGGGGAGAUUGGUAUCUUGAUCCAAAGACCAAGCGGGUGGUCGGGCGGAAGAAGCUGGCGGGGAGGAAUCUGAAGCCGAUGUUUGUGCAGUUCGUGCUGGAGAAUGUGUGGAGGGUAUACAAUACCGUGCUGGGAGACUACAAUCCUGACGCAGUCACCAAGAUCGUCAAUGCGCUGAACGUCAAAAUCUCCCCUCGCGACCUCAGAACCAAAGACACCCGCCAUCUCCUCACUCUCAUCAUGCAACAAUGGCUUCCACUCUCCACAACCACCUUCCAAGCCGUCGUCGAUGUCAUCCCCUCACCCGUCAUCGCCCAGGCGAAUCGCUUACCAUACAUGAUCCACUCGGACCUGCACAAUCUCGGUUCGGACGCCAUCCAGCCAAAGAACGAGCUCGAGCGCGCUCUGUACCGCUGCGCCCAAGGCGAGGAUGAUCAGGUGGUCGGAUACGUGAGCAAGAUGUUUGCGGUGCGGAGAGGAGAUUUGCCGGGAUUCAAGGUGAAGGAGAUGACAGCCGAGGAGAUGCGUCAGCGGGGCAAGGAGGAGAGAGAACGGCGAGCGGCGGCCCUGGCGGCUGGUGCAGAUGGCGAGGCGGAACGAGCUGUCGUGCGACCGCUGGAAUCGCUUAACCUCGAAGACGCACCCGACUCCAUGGACGAGAAGCCUUCCGAACCGGAAUCACCAGAAGUCCUUCUUGGUUUCUCGCGCGUCUUUUCAGGCAUACUUCGGCGGAACACCGAGAUGAUCGGUACACUGCCUAAAUACGAUACCGACCUCCCCUCAACCCAUCCUCGGAACGCAAAAUACAUCGUCCGCGUCAAGGUCAAGGACCUGUAUACCAUGAUGGGCCGAGAGCUCGUCGCGGUGGAAGAGGUCCCAGCCGGUCAUGUGUGCGCCAUUGGCGGACUGGACGGAGUGGUUUUCCGGAGCGCCACGCUUUGGGCACCGAAUGCUGCAGGGGUCAAGGAGGGAGGGGGGAAGGAGGAGUUGAUCAACCUGGCGGGGGUGUCAAUGCAGGCUGCGCCAAUCGUGCGAGUCGCACUGGAGCCGGAAAAUCCAAGUGAUAUGCCCAAGCUCGUUCGGGGUUUGCAGAUCCUCAACCAGGCUGAUCCGUGUGCCGAGUACCUGGUCCAGGAGACAGGCGAGCAUGUCAUCCUGACAGCGGGAGAGCUGCACCUUGAGCGAUGCCUCAAAGACCUCCGAGAACGUUUUGCCCAAUGUGCAAUCCAGCGAUCUGAAGCUAUUGUGCCCUUUCGAGAGUCCGCCGUCCGCGCGCCCGACAUGGCACCUGCCAAGACGAAAGGCGCUGCUCGAGGUACAGUCCACGGAACGCUUCUCGAUGGACUCGUGACAUUCACCAUUCGCGCCACCCCCCUCCCUCCUACUGUCAUCGAGUUCCUACUCGCACAUACGCCAUCAGUCGCACGGAUGGUUGCUCAGCGGCAAGACGAGACGACCGAAGAGGAGGAGGUCAGAGAAGAGCGGGAAGCAGGAGAGAGUCAACAGGAGACGAGAGCGAUGAGCGUGGAGCAGUUCUGGGUGGCGCUAGAGGGGCUGUUUGCGAAGGCUGGAGGAGAGUGGGCGGGAGCCGCAGAUAGAAUAUGGUGCUUCGGCCCAAAGAGGAUAGGGGCGAAUAUGCUCCUAGAUCCAGCGGGAAAGACUGCUGUCCGAAUGCGUCAAAAGGAAACGCUCAUUGCCUCUGCCAAAGCCGAGGGCAAGACGACAGAAGAAGCCGUCACGUCCACGGAAGAUGCGGUCGCGCGAGAUCGUCUCGCCGCUAUCGAUGCGGAGCAGACGUCCGAGGUGGACGAAGCAGAGCAGGCAGAGAAGAAGCGGUCCGAGCUGCGCCUGCUCAAGGACUUUGAGACGUCCAUCGAAGCCGGAUUCGGGAUGGCGACUUUCCAGGGCCCGCUCUGCUCCGAGCCGGUCGUUGGGAUGGCCUGGACGGUUGUGAGCGUCGAGUACCAUAAGUCUGAAGAGGAGGAGUCAGCUCGAGGACGCUCCAACGCAGUCACUGGCGCACUCAUCUCAUCCGUCCGGGACGCUUGUCGUGCGGGCAUGCUCGACUGGUCUCCACGCAUCAAGCUCGCCAUGUACACCUGCGAUAUCCAGGCGUCGACCGAUGUGCUCGGGAAGGUGUACGGGGUGGUCGCGCGCAGAAGAGGCAGGAUCGUCAGUGAAGAGAUGAAAGAGGGGACGUCCUUCUUUACUAUUCGGGCGAUGCUGCCUGUUGUCGAAUCGUUCGGAUUCGCAGAUGAAAUCCGAAAGCGGACAUCCGGCGCUGCAUCCCCUCAACUCAUCUUCUCCGGCUUCGAGACGCUCGACCAAGAUCCUUUCUGGGUCCCAACGACCGUCGAAGAGCUGGAAGAUCUCGGAGAAAAGGCGGACCGCGCAAACGUCGCCAAGGCGUACGUGGACGCCGUGCGCAAGAGGAAGGGCAUGUUUGUCGAGAAGAAGAUUGUCGAAUUUGCCGAGAAGCAACGGACUCUCAAGCGAUAG